AUGCUGCUGCUGUCCACUUCCCGCUCCCGUCUGUUCCGCCGAACCCAAUUACCCCAAUGCGCGCGCAGACAACCAUACCUCGGUAGCCGAAGACACCAUGGGCAGCUACCAACUCCCUUCUUCCGUCCUGGUCCAUCAUCAAGGUCUGUGACGCAGGUCCGUCCUUCCGGUGCGCCAGCACGGGUCGCAACGCUGUCAUCCCUCCGAAGGGACAGCUCACAGGCGCACUCUCCAACAGCGGCAUCCCCUAUCAAGAUCGAUCCCAAAGAAUCGAAUCCGGCCACUCACUAUAUCCCGCCCCAGAGGGGCUUGGUCGCCUCUUUGCCUCGUUCAUGGAUCCCUUACGCAGAGUUGGUCCGGUUGGACAAACCUACGGGCACAUAUUAUCUAUUUUUUCCCACCCUGUUUUCGACUCUCCUUGCUGCCCCUAUGGCCAUCACUGCCACACCACUGCACGUCUUAUGGACGGCUGGGCUCUUCUUUACCGGGGCCUUGGUCAUGCGAGGCGCUGGGUGUGCCAUCAAUGAUCUCUGGGAUAGGAACCUCGAUCCGCACGUGGAACGCACCAAGUUCCGCCCCAUUGCCAGGGGGCCCUCCCCCCAAAAGGCGAUCUUGUUCACUGGCAGCCAACUACUGGUAGGACUCGGGGUGCUUCUCCAAUUUCCCUCUCAAUGCCUUUGGUACGGAAUUCCUAGUUUGCCCCUAGUCGUGGCGUACCCCUUGGCCAAACGGGUCACCAACUACCCCCAGUUCGUAUUAGGAUUGGCCUUCUCCUGGGGCGCUAUGAUGGGAUUCCCGGCGCUGGGAGUAGAUCUCCUAAUCAACCAUGAUGCCCUGAUGGCUGCCGGCGCUCUCUAUUCAAGCUGCAUUGCAUGGACCGUGCUCUACGAUAUGAUUUAUGCGCACAUGGACAUCAAGGAUGAUGUCGCCGCCGGGAUCAAAUCAAUCGCCCUUCGCCACGAGCAUAAUACGAAAGCCGUUCUAUCUGGGUUGGCGGUCGCCCAGGUCGGCCUGCUGGGUGCUGCGGGAGUCGCUGCUGGUGCAGGGCCGAUCUUCUUCAUUGGGAGCUGUGGAAGUGCUAUACUUUCCCUGGGCCUCAUGAUCUGGAAGGUUCAGCUGAAGAAUGUUCGAAACUGUUGGUGGUGGUUCAAAAAUGGAUGUCUUUUCACCGGAGGGGGAUCUCCUUAG